AUGGCUUCCCAACUGGACAACGGGAUCAUACGUGGCAGUUCGCCAACCGAGCUGGCACAAUACCUACGGGCAGAGCUCCCUCACGGGUGGGAGCCCAUCUCGAAACAUCUCCUGGCAUCGGUUGCUUCUGGUGCCAUCCCACCAACCGUUUUCCAGGUCUGGCUGGCCGUCUGCAAGGAUCCCCAUGCCGUCGUAUUCGCUCUGCGACAGGAUGUAUCGGUUCUUGCCAGACAUGUGGCCAUCAGACGUUUCGGCAAAUGGCUAAGAACGGCCGAUGAGCUGCAAGCCAUCUGGCAAGCAGUAGGGGAAACCAAGGGCCUGGUCGGCUUGAUGGCAAACUUCAGCGUCGAUGAAGUCCACCUGUUAUGCCGGACCGUCCAACUGCAGUGCAGAGCAACAGGUGCCAAGGAGCAGCGUGAGAGUAUCGUUUCGGAACUAUACGGUGCUCUGACUGGCACUGGAAAAGUUCCAAACCCUGAUUCACGCCCUUUGUCCGCGAUAUAUGGAAAGCUGGUACCAGCUUGCAGUGCUGAGACCACUUUGGCGUUCGCCAAAGACAAGCAUCCUACUCGCAAGGCCUAUGAGAACCAUACCAACGCAUACGAUCAAUAUGCUCUACAACGCCUGUUUCCCAUCGAAGGGGAGGCUGAAAAGAUUACAGCAUUCACGAAGUUGUUCGAAGUGAACCGCCCCCUCGCAGUCCAUGUCCUGCAACGCAUUGCAGCCGAUAGCACCGCCCUGGAGCACAACAAGCUAGGACUGCGGAAUGACCUCAUAAUUCCACUGCUCAGGCGAUCGUAUCAUUCUCGUCAUCAUUCAGAGACUCAACAGGUCUUGCAGAUCGCAGUCGAAUGUGCACAGAAGGAGCCUGCAAUCCUGGGUGGUUUCACCGACAAGGAUGAUCCAUUGUUCUUCUAUGCUGUUCAGCAUUGGAAACGAUCGCCUAGAAGAGAGAAAGCAGAGAAGCUGCUGGCUGACCUCAUAGGGGUUAUGCCGGAAAUAACAGGUUUCAUGCUGCUUGUUCACGCAUUGAUGCAAAACGUCGAACCGGCGUUGCGAUAUCCUCUUCUGUGCCUGAGUCUUCGCAAUUACAAGAGUGUCGCGCUCGAUCUUGAGUCUGAAGACUCCGAAGUGGAUGAGAAGCUAAAGGAAUACCAGAUGCGCUGGCCGGCUGGCUUGUUUCUGGCCCUCCCAGCCCCAACAGCUCUACAUCUAUUCAAGCGAUUGCUGAAGACUUUCCCUGAUGGAAAGUUCUACUACAAGGUGGGCUAUGGCGGCAUGAAGAGGCUCAUUGAAGCCUCUUCUGCUGAUGAUACGCUUGAUUUGGACACAGAUGUUGCUAUGACGUUUCUUGCUUCUCGUGUGCCGGCUACUGUCAGCGAGAGUAAAACCUGGCUUGAUCGAGCGAAGGAGGAAAUCCAGGAUCGGAAGUACAAGUCAGGCAAGCAACGCGAAUGGGAACACCGUGCCUCAUGGGCCGUGUCCGUCGUGGAACUGGCUUUCGCUACCGGUUCCCAAGACAUCGUUGCGGACAUUCUCCUCUGGGCACGACGCUACAAUCGAGACACAAACGUCGUCGCUCAUCUGUAUCGGGCCGGUGUCUUCUUCUCAGAGGAUUCAUUCGAUGUGCUCACCGGUCUGCCUCGCAUUACAAGCCCUGGAACACCGCCUGGUCUUCCGGAUAUCAAGUCGGCGGUCGAAAAGGGCAACGAGAUCAUGUUCCAGAUGCUGGAAACAGUCGCCAUGGGCCUCAAGGAACCGGCAUUCAAGCGGUAUAAUUGGAACGGGCUCCUCAAGCUCUUACCAAGCGUUCUGCAACGUCGUUUGGAGAAAACACAGAUUCUUGAAAAACAAUAUGAUCUUUCCAAAGAGGAAGUCUUCGCCCAUAUCUGGCGGCCCACUAUUGAACUCAUGGUGAAAAUCGAAAGAUUUGGGCUUGAGCCAAAACAUAACAAGCUGGAGCUGGCUGCUAUGGACGGCGGCCUGAAGGACUGGGAGCUCGUCACGCCCACGGAGGCAUCCGCAAUGUUCCUGGACAAACUCGCAGAAGAGCGCAACACGAUCUGGACGAAGUUCCGUCCAGAGAGCCACCCAGCCACCACGACACUUGGUAGUCCGUGGCCAAGAGGCUUACCCAUACAACUUCUCGUUCCGCGCCUGUCCGCCGAUAAGUACAGAUUUCCGGAAAUGCCGUAUUUCCAAUCACGCGCUGAAGCUGUAGUCUUUUCGGAUUCGUCAGCUUUGAGUCCUCCGCCACAAGACAAGGAAACUAGGGAUGCGAUAGGUCCAUUCGUCGAAGAUUACAAGUUUGCUCUGGACAUGUUCAUCCAAGGGGCCAAGGAUGAAGAGGACCGCAAGGCACGUGCUCUGAGAGCAUGGGAUCAUGCCACGACUGUUCUGACUGGUGAUCGAAUGUCUGAAGUUGAAGCAGCCCGGUUCUGGCUGCGCGUCUUUGACUCUGAAAGCUACGCGCAUCUUCUCAAAGACUUGGCUUGGCUGAAACUUGCACCUAAACGCAAGAUGUUGUUACCUCACCUUCCUGAAUACGACGAGGACGGCCCUAUUGAGUGGAAUGAGUCCUCAAUAAAGAUGUCAUUCCAGACACCCUACAAGACUUUCCACAAGACUUGCCUGGACUGUAUGCUCCGUAGAGCACAGAGCUGGGAAUGCCCGGAUCUCUGGAGCACUGACUUACCUUUCCACGAGGGAGCGUCCAGCAUCGGAGACAGUCGGCUCAUGUCUUUUUGGACUAGUGCAAAGCCUUCGUCCAUCCCCAGGUCUGCUGCUGAUGCAAUGACAGCUGCGGCUGUGUGUUAUCUCAACAGCAAAUACGGCGCAGAUUCUUCCCUAUUACUGAAACCACUCCCGUCGCGGAAUGACAUACGAUUCCCGCCUUUGUAUCUCGAUCAAGACUUCCUAGAAUCUACGAAAGAAUCGAACAGGGCUUACUACGACCGCCAAGCUCUCAGGCAGCUUGCUUACAGUCCGCCCGCUGAUAUCAUGGUCCACCUGGCCCAGUCAAUCUUGAAACGUCUUGAGGACGAGGCUCCGGAGGAGGACCCGAAUGGACGUGAAGUCGCCAUCAAAGUGGUGAAGCACCUGACGCGUAGUGAUCACCCAGAAAUCGCUCGCGACUUCGUGCGGGACAUCAUUCUAAAUCGGCAAGAAGACAGCUCAUGGCAUCGCCAUCUCUUCAACGUUGGGUACUUGCGACGCCUUCCAGCGAACGGUGUUAGGGCUUUUUUCGAGAAUUUAGCUGCAGAGAUACAGGUGCGAUUGCAACAGCACACUGAAGGACGGGCAAAGUACUGGGCGGAAAAGAAGAGGCUCGAGGAUGAUGAACCCGCCGAAGAGAGUGUCGCCUCCACAGCUCCCGCAGUCAAGGUGUCUACUGUGAAGAUGUUUGCGCUUAUGCUACGGGAGGCAGACUAUGUCGAUUCACGCUUCAGCUGCGACCUUCUCGUCAAACUUCUGGCGAGUUUCAAGCAACUUGAUAUCCAAAUUGCCAUUGUCGAAGCUCUCGUGAGCAUCUUAUUGGAGACAAAGGAGGUAGAACUCCAAGCCUUCAUUUACGAAGCCUUAGAGAAAUACGCCAUCCCAAUUGCAUCCUCUAUCAACGAGCGUCGCCCUCUUACCGAAAGGAUGUGGCUUGCUGCCGAAAAGGACGAUAGGGCUAUCCCGGGAUUCUACGAAGACAACCCGGCGACUCUGCCACCUCUCCUCACUCUUCUGUUGGAGACAACCAGCCGUUGGGAGAAGAACAGCACCGGUUACGACAGGUGGAUUUCACGCAUCUUGCAGCCAGUUGUGGAGAAGUCAAUUGCAAACCACGCGCGCUGGAAUGCAUUAUUUGUAAGAAAGCAUGGCUUUGACAUUGCUGAAGGAUAUCUAGCGGCGGUCCCGACGCAGCCAGAACUGCUGUACAGGCUGUGGAAUACCGUGCCUAAAGCCAUUACCAAGGCCAACUUUGAGGCAUGGAAGCAGUAUGCUUGGAACAACCUCAGGCCUCACGCUGGGUUACAAGCUGCAAACAACGCCAUUGCAGACGAUCAUGAUCUGCAGAAAUCGAAUCCCGGCAGGCACUGGCUGCGCAUCUGGAACCACGUCGAUGCGCCUUUCGACUGCGGUAUCAACCAGGUCGCUCGCUUCUUUUCGACUCUGGGUCCUGAGGAUCAACAAAUACUCACCCAACAGGUGCCUCUUCAGGAUAUGCGAGACUUCCUACAGGCAGUGUUGGAGGACCUGAUCAUGCACGGCCAAAGUGACGAAUUCUCAAAGCUUGUUGAUCUUUUUACACAGUCCCCUCGCGAGAAGGGCAAGAAGCGUUGGACUAUUGGCUUCCUGCCGGUCGUCGAGCACAGCCUUAUGGUAGUUGAGAAACUUCGGACCGCUGAGUGGCAGGGAAACCCACAAAGACACCCAGCGACACUACCGCAGGAGAUUGAUAUCAAGCUCAAAAUGCUACAACUCAAGUACAAGGAGAAGAUUGAUGACGCGGGUGAGAGCAAUGUUGACGACCUCGUCUCCGACAUUUUGGGUUUUCUCAACGAGAUGCUAAGCGACGAUGCGCCAUACCACCGUGUAUGGGACAGGUUCUACUACGCCGUCCGGGGUAGUGCUAAAUCCUCGUCUUACUUGCUUGUGGGUAACAAACUUGCCGAGUCCGUGUCACUGCAACGGCCGCAACUGGCAGAUCAGUUGAAGGUCGACCUGGUGACCAGGCUCUUCAAGGACGCUAGGGACUCCCAAGAGAUACCGGGCAGAGAGGCCGCCGUUGGCGUGCUCAAGGGCUGGCUCGAAUGCCCCAGUGAGCCAAUCCGGAGGUGUGGCAGCCAUGCCGUCGAACACUUGGUUCGCGAGUGGGAUGCAAGCCGUGGCUGGUUAAGCGCGGAGGACAUGCAGGCUCUCGGAGUCCUGCCCAAGGAAUCUAGCCGCAGUGCCGGGGGGCGAGGACGUGCCACUAGACGUAUGCGAGGUCGAGGAGGUCGGGGAAGGGGGCGUGGCUGGUAA